CCCAAUUUAACACAUAGCAUUUCUACACUAGGCUGAAGAGACAACUCAUUCCCCAGCAGAGUGGUACUCGUUCAACACUAUGGAAUUCUCUCCUCAAAAUUAUCACCAUUAACAUCUCCUCUUCAACCUUGUUUGAAUGGCAAUCCUCAGCUCCAUCUUUCAUUCCAAGAAACUCUUACUUUUCCUCAACAUCUCCUUCCUCUUCCUGCUCUCUCUCUUUCUCAAAACAUCAAUCUUUCCCCACCAAUCAAUUCAACUCAAUUCACUCCCCCGGCAAAAAUUUGUCGCCGACGGUUGCACCGGCCUCCAUGACUACAGUGAUUACCAAUCUAAGUGUACAUAUGUCAAGUCUCAAGUGGGUUGCGAGCCAAAAGGUUAUAUAAACUAUCUUAGAAUCUUCUACUGCACUUGUGGCGAAUUUCCCUUUCUUGGUUACGCUCUGCUUCUUCUGUGGCUUCUCGUUUUGUUCUAUUUAAUGGGAGACACAGCUGCCAAUUACUUCUGUUCAUCUUUAGAGACCCUUUCCAGGAUCCUGAGACUCCCUCCAACUAUCGCCGGAAUUACUCUCCUUUCUCUCGGAAAUGGGGCUUCUGAUGUCUUCGCCAGCAUCGUUUCCUUCACGAGAUCCAACGACGGAGAUGUUGGUUUCAACAGUAUUUUGGGUGGUGCCUUUUUCAUCUCCAGUGUUGUAGUUGGUGUCAUAAGUAUUUUGACAAAUUCUCAGGAGAUUUCAGUUGAUAAGCCAAGCUUCAUCAGAGAUGCUCUCUUCUUUUUAUCAACUCUGCUAGCUCUUGUUUUGAUAAUUCUUAUUGGAAAAAUCAGCUUUUUGGGCGCAAUUCUUUUUGUUUCUAUAUACUUCAUCUAUAUAUCAGCAGUUUCUGGUUCAUAUUUUUAUCAGAAAAGUAAAGAGAGCAAAAAUAUGACCCUCUAUGAUGUUCCAAGGAGUGAGGAUGAUUUUUUAGAGAGAGGCAUACCGUUACUUGGUUAUGUAGAUGAAGAAAAACCAAUUUUAAUGGAGAUCAAAACUAGCAGCCUGGAAAAUCACCAUCAUCAAGAGCAAAAUUCAUCUUUUUCUGAUUACAUUCACAAGCUCUUAAACGUUUUGGAGCUACCUCUAUACUUGCCAAGAAGACUGACAAUUCCAGUUGUUAGUGAGGAGAAAUGGUCAAAAACAUAUGCAGUAAUUUCGGCAACACUGGCGCCACUUCUCCUGGCAGCAAUCUACAACACUCAAAGGGAAAAAAACACAGGUUCCAGGGUCAGCCUGGUGACAUUCAUGGCAGGAGGAGUGAUUGCAGUAAUUCUGGGAAAUCUUGCCUAUGUCACUACCAAAAACUCAGGCCCUCCAAAAACAAGUUUAUUUCCAUGGGUGGCGGGUGGGUUUCUGAUGAGUGUAACAUGGACAUAUAUCACUGCAGAGGAACUGGUGUCUUUACUUGUUUCAAUCGGCAAUAUUGUCGGAAUAAGCCCUUCAGUUCUCGGUCUUACUGUUCUGGCGUGGGGAAAUUCCCUUGGGGACUUGAUAUCAAACGUUGCCAUGGCGAUGAAUGGUGGGGCUGAUGGGGCACAGAUUGCGAUAUCAGGCUGCUAUGCGGGGCCAAUGUUCAACACACUGGUGGGGCUGGGGAUGUCGCUUGUUUUUUCUUCAUAUUCCGAAUACCCAUCGGCUUAUCAAAUUCCUGAAGAUCCUUCUCUCUACGAGACUGUAGCUUUUUUGAUUGGAGGUUUGCUCUGGGCUCUGGUAAUUUUGCCCAGAAAAAAUAUGAAGCUCGAUAGGCUUUUGGGGUGUGGACUUUUGGCCAUUUAUUCUUGUUUUCUUUUUCUAAGGUUCGCCAGAGCUAUUGGUCUUCUAAAACUUCACUGAAUUUACACUGUCCGAACCUAGUAUUGGGUUACUAAUUAGUAAUUAACUUUGUAAUUUUGUCAUUAUACAUAUUCAUAAAAAAAGAAAAUGCCAAUUAAGCUA